UUAAUGCUUUAAAAAGUGUCCCGCCUAUUAUUGUUAAGCCAAAAUCAAAACAAAGUGUUGGCGUAACAAAAAAACACCUAAACAAGAUAGAUGCCACUGACAUGAAAAUUAAUAAGGUGAUAGAUAAAUCCAAUGCUUUUAUAAAAUGUGUGAAAGUUUUUAAACAAAGAAGAAAUAAUAGCUCGGUGUGCACGGUGUAAAACGGGAGAAAAUUAACAUCGGUGGGAUCAGUGUGACGUAUAUGAUGGGCUAAAUGUUAAAAGAUGUUUCAAAUGCUUAGGGUACAAUCACAACGCAAAUACAUGCACUAAGGAGUUAAGAUGUGGUCUAUGUUUGGGUAAACAUAAAUCUGAUGAGUGUAGUACACAGGUCAUAGCAUUUUCAGCAAGGAAUGCCCUGUCUACCAAAGAAAACUGAAAAUACAAAACCAGCGGGAGGGUUACUAGCAACCAAAUCUAGCAAGUGUUAUAAGUAAAAAAUCAGAAGAUUUAAAAGUAAUAUAUUUAAACGUUAAUAGCUUAAUACACAAUAAACUUGAAAUCGACAGACUAGUGGAGCUAUUUGACCCAGCUCUUGUACUUUGUUCCGAAACUAGCAUAACAGAUCAAAUUAGGGAUGCUGAAAUAGGUGUAACAUCGUUUACAGCAAUUAGAUGUGAUUCACAUAGUAGGCACACCGGAGGUGUAGUUAUGAACAUUAAAAACUCGCUGGAAUUCAUGGUAAAAUAUAAUAAAGUCAUGAAUACAAAUAUAUGGUGUAUUAUUGUGCAAUUAAAAAAUCUUGAGGUUAAAUGGAAAAUUGGAGUUAUAUACCACUCCCCAAGUACUAGUGAUAGUGAGUUUAUCAACUAUCUUGAUUCAAUAGUAAUGAACAUAUGUGAUACAACGUCUAACAAUGUAAUUGUUGGAGAUUUUAAUAUUAAUAUGAACAAAGUAUCGACACACAGUGUGAAAUUGAAUGAGUUGUUUAAUUCCAUUUCCAUGCACCAACUUGUAGAUUUCAAUACCCGAAUAGCAGAAGAAUCUCAGACAAAGAUUGAUCUCCUAUAUUCAAAUGUGAAAAAUAUUGCAUGUAAGAGGCUUGAUCGACACAAAAUAUCUGAUCAUGAAACAAUAAUGUUUAAUAUUAAUAUAGGAAAUCAAAUCCCUCUCAGAGUGGUAUCAGAAAUAGUUUCUUGGGAACGGUAUAGUUGUGAUAGCUUAAUUGAUCUGCUCAGAUGUUACGAUUUUUCCAUAUUUGAUCAACUUGAUUUAGAGGAAAUGGUAGCAUUCCUAGAUCUAUACUUGCUUAACAAUCUGCAACAAUUAACGUUUGUGAAACAAAUAAACAUUAAAAUAAAGAAUAAGUGGUAUGACUACGAACUGACACAACUAAAUAAAAGAAAAUCAGAGGCAUACAAUUUAGCAAAAGCAUCACACCAAUGGUCAGACUACUACAGUAUUAAAAAAGAAUACAAAAAAAAUGAUAAAACUGAAAAAAUUGAAUAUAUGGAGAAUAAAAUUAUAACUAACCAGUCCGAUAGCAAGUUAAUGUGGAAAUAUUUAAAACAGACGGUUUGCUAUAAUAGUAUAAAAGAUGAUAUUACAUUAUUACAACAUGGUGGUCAAUAUAUUGAAGAUAAAAAUCAAAUAGCAGAGGUCUUAAAUACCUACUUUGCAUAGUGGAAAUAAAUAAUAAUAUUGAAAAUAUAGAAUAUAGUGAUAACAACUAUAAUAACAUUGAUAGCACAUUUAAAUUUAACGAAGUAACUACUGAUGACAUAGUGCGAAUUGUCAAGAAAUUUAAAUAUAAAAUUGGUGGGAGAAUCUAUUAUCUGAAGGAGUAAUAAAAGACUCUUUAAUAUACUUGGGGUAUUUUUAUUCAAUUAUGAUCAACAAAAGUAUAAAGAUGGUAUCGUACCUGAUGAAUGGAAAGUUUCCACAGUGGUUCCAGUCAAAAAAAUUAAAAACACAGUUAAAGCUGAAGAACUUCGACCGAUCAAUACUCUGCCAAAUCUGGAGAAAAUAUUAGAAACAGUGGUAAAAAACCAACUCAUGGAGUAUAUUGAAGAUAAAAAUAAAUGAAUGAAAGAGCAGUCAGGGUUUUGAGCUAAACAUUCGUGUGAAACGACACUUAACUGGGUUAUUUCUCAAUGGAAGGAAGACAUGAGAAGUAAAAAAGUAAUACUGACAGUUUUUAUUGACUUGAAAAGAGCUUUUGAAACCAUUGAUCGAAAACUAAUGAUUUAUAAGUUGAAACAAAUUGGUAUUAAAGAGGUAGAACUGAAGUGGUUUGAGAGCUUCUUAACCAAUAGAAAGCAACACUCAGUUAUAGGAGAAGUAUUGUCUAAGGAUUUGCCGGUAGAUAUUGAACUUCCACAGGGUUCAGUAGUAGCACCAAUUUUUUGCAAUAUCUACAUCAACGAUAUUUUAUCAUCAAUCAGGUAUUGUAAGAUAAGACUGUUUGCUGAUGAUGCACUGUUGACUAUAAGUGAAGACGAUUUGGACACAGCAACUCAUAAAAUGCAAAAUGACUUAGACUCACUAUAUGUCUGGUUAUGCAAAAAUAAGCUAAUGUUAAACGUAAAAGACCAAUUAUAUGAUAAUUUCUUCAGCAAAUAAAACUAGAUUAGGGCGACACGAUUUACAUGUUAGGGAUGAGAAAAUUACAGAGGUUUCUACAAUUAAAUAUCUUAGUGUUUUAACUGAUAAUAAAUUAAAAUUCCAUGAUAACAUUGAGUAUACCGUCAACAAAGCGUCGAAAAAAAUUGGAUUUAUGAAAAGGACAUGUAAACAUCUAAGUAGAAGAUAUAAAAUUAUGGUUUACAGAUCAAUUAUUAAGCCACAUUUUAUAUACUGCCCCACUAUACUGUUUAUAACACCUGAGACGUAUGUAUAUAGAGAGGCUACAAAAAAUGCAAAAUAAGCACAUACUUAAUGCCCGAUACGAUACCAGCAUUUCAUCAAUGCUGAACAAUUUAAACUGGUUAAAUGUGAAACGACUAAUCUUUUUCCAUACAAUGAAGUUUAUUUAUAAUAUAAAGAAUGGAACCCUUCCGAAAUACUUGAGUGAUAACUUUAGGUACAGCAGUGACACUCACACCUAUGAAAACAGAGUCAGGGAUAACUUUAAACUUCCAUUUUGCCAGACGGAAAAUCAAAAGAGAGACUUGUACUAUAAAGGUUUAAAAAUGUUUAACGAACUGCCCGUAGAAAUGAGAAGCUGCAAUAGCUUACAAAAAUUCAAAAGUUUAUUACACGAGCAUUGCAAAAAACACAUAUAAGAUUGCCAUUGGGCCUCGCCAUUCUAACAAGAUACUAGCAUAUGAGAGACGCUACGAGCAUGGAUCGGAAACCCGGCCUUUCCGACCAUGCCCAACAGCUCGUUCGCAGUACGGAGCGGAAACUAGAGCUUUCCGCCCGUUUCACAGCAACAUAAUUAUGAAAAGAACAUGGAUUGGAAACUCGGCCUUUCCGACCAUGGUAAACGCCUUUAUUGACGCAGAGCGGAAACUAGGCCUUUCCGCCUGCUGAACAUAAAGAUAGACUGGAGACUAGGCCUCGCCAGCUAUCCAACCCUAGGCUAUAAUGUACGUAUAAUUGAUUAAUUAAUUGUACAAUAAAUUAAUAUGUAUAAAGUAUGUAUUUGAAAAUAACUAAAAAUUAGUAAAGAAAAUAGGAAAAAUGUUAAUGUAUAGUAUUAGUAGAAGAGCAAUCAAUUAUUAAUUAUUAUUAUUAAUUAAUUUGUUUCAGUAGUACAGAGUAAGACUUAUGUAUUUUAAUAGUACUUCAACUAUAUAUAU